AUGGUGCGGGUGGGCGGAGGUAUCAUCUGCAAUGAAGGUUACACGUCAGUGGCGACAGCGGCUGUUGCCGGCCUCUGUCUUUGCCUGCCACACAGCGCCGAGGCGUGUUUCUUCUUGGGGCUUAGCCUUCUGCCCAUUCUCCUUCCUCGUGUUGCAAUGGUUAUUGGUUGCUUCUUCCUUUCUCGCCCCCGCGCCACACGGAGAAGCGGGGAAAAGGAACAACGACGAAAGGCAAGAAUGAAAAACAUCCUGGGUGGGGCACUGCGACGGCAACGCUGCAUCGCCUCACUCGCGGGGAUAGCGUUCCUCGGCUACCUGCGGGGCCCACCACAAACCUUCACACUCGGCGGCGGAGGCGGCGCCCGUGCAUACGUGUUGUCAGCUACCCCGUGCUGCCUUGGGAGGCGCAUCCAACGAAAACGCUCACGGCACCGUGAGCCCGCUGAGGGUGACUGGUUGUGCCAGUGCGGCGAACUGAAUUACAAGUCGAAGCGCGAGUGUUUCAAGUGUGGCGCCCCCGCCCCGCCGCUUCCGCCCGGUGUUCGGCGACCAUCACUGCCUGGAGAGGAUCCGCAUGACUGGGCAUGUCCCUGCGGCCAGAUGAACUUUAGGGGAAGUGUUGUGUGCCACAAGUGCCAGCAGCCCAAACCAGCGCCCCCGCCGCUGCCGGGGAAGGAGGUGACAUUGUGGACGUGCCCCAAGUGCAAGGGCGUCAACAGGAAUCUGAGGAAAUAUUGCUUCAAGUGCUCCACUCCGUCACCGUUACUUACAUUUAAGCCCAUUCUGUAG